AUGUCCGACGUCCCUGAGACCAAGCCUGACCCCACCACCAGCGCUCCUGAGGCGGCUGAGAAGCCCGAGGAGACCACCACCACCACGGAAGCUCCCAAGACCGAAGAGGACAAGUCCGCGACUGAGGCCGUAGUUGACUCAGCUAAGGAGGCGGCCACCAAGACAACCGACAGCGUUUUCUCUAUGUUUGGCGGUGGCCCCAAGAAGGAAAAGAAGGAAGAGCCUGAGGAUAACAAGGAUGAGCCAUCUGGCUCUUCCAAGGCUCAGAAAACAGAAGAAGACGAUGAGGCACCUGAGUCCCCCGACGUUCACUUCGAGCCUGUUAUCCGCCUGACCGAGAAGGUGGAAACCAAGACCAACGAAGAACUUGAGGAGCAGACCUUCAAGAUGCGCGCUAAGCUGUUCCGAUUCGACGCCGAGAGCAAGGAAUGGAAGGAGCGUGGUACUGGCGAUGUUAGACUGCUGAAGCACAAGGAGAACCAGAAGACUCGCCUAGUAAUGCGCAGAGACAAGACCCUGAAGGUCUGCGCCAACCACUACAUUGUCCCUGCAAUGAAGUUGAGCCCCAACGUUGGCAGUGAUCGCAGCUGGGUUUGGAACGCUACUGCCGAUGUCAGUGAGGGUGAGCCCGAGGCGCAGACCCUGGCUAUCCGUUUCGCCAACAGUGAGAAUGCCAACCUGUUCAAGGAGGCUUUCGAGAAGGCUCAGCAGGAGAACGAGAAGCUCCUCGCCGACCAGAAUGUCCGGCUGGUCACAGAACAGCAUGUUGUAAACAAAGAUUCGGGUGUUGAAGGGUUUCCCCUCCGGGCGUGGUCGAUCGAGAUUUACCUUGUCAAUGACCACGGAGAGCAAGUGCCGGCCAACGUUUUCGACAAGGUGACGUAUACACUUCAUCCUAGUUUCGGGGAUCGGGCAAUUCAAACCUUCAAGAAUCCCCCAUUCAGGAUUUCAGAAGAAGGCUGGGGUGAAUUCGACAUGCAGAUCACCCUUCACGCCGACAAGGAUCACUACGUGACACACGACCUCAACUUUGCACAGACACGCUACGAGUCCAAGCACGUCAUCACAUUCAAAAACCCCAAGCCUGCCUUACUGGCAGCCCUUCGUGAAUCAGGUCCCGUUCCCGGAGACGAGAAUGGAGUGAAAUCUAAGCGUUCCGCAGCCAGCGAAGAAGGAUCAAAGAAGAAGAAGCGAACAGAGAAGAGCGUGGAUAUGGACAAGUUAGCCGACGGCCUCCAACGACUCGGAGAAGAUGAUCUUCUCCAAGUGGUGCAGAUGGUACACGACAACAAAGCCCCAGACUCAUACACCAAAAACGACGUCGAACAGGGAGAAUUUCAUGUCGAUCUUUAUACCCUACCAGACACGUUGAUCAAGAUGCUGUGGGAUUUCACGCAAGAGAAGGGCGCUCUGUGA